AGACAUGGAGGAAAUGACAAUGAAAUACAAAACAGAGGCUAAGGAGCACACAUCAAAAAUGAAAUCCGCUGAAGACAAGUUAUCAAAAUCACAAAGCAACCUCAAAAAAGUGAGAGAACAGUCUAAAAAAGACAAAGAAGAAAUAGAAAAACACAAAACAGAGGCUCAACAGUACAAAUCAAGAAUACAAUCCAUAGAGGAACAGUUAUCAAAAUCACAAAACAACGUCAAAAAAGAGAAGAAACAAAACCAAUCAAUAGAGAAUGAACUGUUACAGUCUAAAAAAGAUAUGGAGAAAAUGACAAUGAAAUACAAAACAGAGGCGGUUGAAAAUUCAGCAAAAGUACAAUCCUUGGAGAAUGAACUGGCAAAGUCU